AUGUACUCCACCAGUACACAGAAAAAGGAAUGGACGCUGACGCCGCAACAGAUCAUGGAGCGACGCGAACAAGCGAACCUUCAAUUCCGUUCAAAAUAUUCGGAUGUGAUCGAGGAAGGCGAAGAGGAGAUGUUCUUGAGUGUUCAGGAGGAACUUGGCCUUCAGAGAAUUGUCGAGGAAGCCGCUUUGAAAUUCGCCGACUACUUCCGGCCAUGCCUGUGGCCUUCUGUUAAAUGGACCGCCUAUGCCUACUUCAAACGUCUUUUCCUUAAAUGGUCCGCUUGCGAUACAAGCCCAAAGAUUGUUAUUAUGGCAUGCUUCUAUUUGGCCAUGAAGACUGACGAGUUUUACGUGACAAUUAACGAGUUCGUCGGCAAUUUAACCACUGGAAACCCGAAACAAAACGCCGAUCGCAUACUAGCCCUUGAGCCAGAGAUCAUGAGAGCUCUUGAUUAUAAUCUGACGGUUCAUUGUCCCUACAGACCGUUUGAAGGGCAUUUAAUGGAAAUGAAAACACGAAUGGUUUUGUUGAAUUUCGACCUGGAAAGUAUUCGAGUUGAUUCAAAUAAGUUCUUGCAGAUGUGUCUUCAAACCGACGUUCUUCUAAUGUUCCCACCGUCGCAAAUCGCGCUUGCCGCUCUGAAUUAUGGCCUGAAUGCUCAGGGAAAGUCGAGUGAAGUUAUGCAAGAAUUUCUCAAGAAAUUGUUGGGCGUUGAGGAGGAUGUUUGGGGCGCGUCGGUUCCCGAUGCGUUGACGCAUGUCGAGAAGCUCAUGGCGAGACUUGAAUAUAUUGUGAGCAGCGUCGAACAUGGGCUCAUGCGGUUGACGAUUGAAGAGAAAGGAGGCCUUCAGACGCGCUCAUCGGAAUUGACGAAUUUCAUUGGGAUUUUGGAUAAAAGGCGUCGCGAGAAAUGGCAGGCCGAAGGAGGAAUUGGCAAACCGCCGGGCACCGCCGAUGAGCAGCCCGUCGACUCCGACGACGAAUAA